AGGAAAAAGAAGAAGAAACUAGAGAGAACAUGAACUCAGUGUGCAUCUCUAGCUGCAUCAACGAUGCACGUGACACGCGCGUGCCGGUUCGUACCACGUACGUGAAUCUCUAUAAGUGGCCUGAGUCCGACGCCGAGUUCGUCCGCUCUGUCGGCCGUGGAGGUGGCGUACCGACGGCGCGUGUCGUGGAUAGCAUCUCUUGCCGGCAGAUGUAUCUCCGGAGCUACACGUUCUCACGGGAAGAUGACGACAAGAGCAAAUCCGAGAAAGUGACGUCAGCGAGACAGGCGUCGUGUCUAGGGAGGGUUAAGGAAACGGCUGCGUCGUCGUUCCGGAGGGGGAAUAAGGAGGAAAAUGACGUCAUCGUUGACAAGUCCAAACUGCGUCGUCGUCGUGAGAAGAGGAGAGUUGGAAGGAAGAAGAGAGAACAGGCUUGUUCUGUUAUGUUCAGGUUUUUUCGAAAGUUACUUCUGUCUUGUGCUGCUACCGUAGAUGUUGUUGAUCCAAACUAAGCUUUUUUAUGUUCAAUUUGGGUUUUUCUCCUUUGUUUUAAGAGUAUUAAUUAAUUAUUUUCUGUUCUUUUUAUUUCGGUUUGUAUUUAUACUUGUAGUAUAUAUAUAUAUAGAA